UGAAAUUGUGAAGUUGCACUAAAACCAUGGGCAAACCUUGCAAACUUUCUUCCCCUAUAUUCCUCGUUGUUCUCCUUUCAAUCCUUACCCAUGGAAACUGUCAUGAAUUCUCAAGAAGAUUAUCGAAGAAAGCAAUGGGUCUAAAGAGAGAGAAACUUAGCCAUCUUCACUUCUACUUCCAUGACAUAGUCAGUGGAAAAAACCCAACAGCCGUGAAAAUAGCGGAAGCCGCUAUGACCAACCGGUCGGCCACUGGAUUUGGCUUAAUGGCAAUGAUCGAUGACCCUUUAACAGUUGGACCAGAACCAAAUUCCAAAAUUGUUGGAAGAGCACAAGGGAUCUAUGCACAAGCUUCACUCAAUGAUAUUGGUUUAUUGAUGGUUCUCAACUUUGCUUUUGUUGAAGGAAAGUAUAAUGGGAGUAGCUUAAGUAUUUUGGGACGGAACUCGGUGAUGUCCGUCGUCCGGGAGAUGCCCAUCGUCGGAGGAAGUGGCCUUUUCCGGUUUUCUCGUGGUUACGUUCAGGCUAAGACUCAUACUUUCGAUUUCAAGACUGGUGAUGCUGUUGUGGAGUACAAUGUCUCUGUCUUCCAUUAUUGAUUUUUUGCCUUUUUUGUGACACUAUUUUUGUCUGUUGUGUUGGCGUGCGUCUUUUUUCAUUGAGUAUUGAAAACAAAUAGUACUUUUAUGUGGCUCAUUUGUAUUUGGCAUCUAACUUUAAGGAUUAUUCUAGGAAGAGGCAUUUCACACUUUGAAAGUAGGAAAAUGAAGUUUCUAUAUGUAUACUUUGUAACGAAGUUGAAAAGACUACAAUAUCCUUAACAAAAAUAAAAGGGUUGAAUAUUUUCCGUUUAAAAUUAA